ACAUACAGUUCUAACCCUCAUCAAAUAUGGCAUCUCCCUCGCUUGCUGCAGCAGGGGUGGAAGAAAUGCCAGUUUUUUUUUAAGCUAGUGAGCUUUUCUUUUUCUUUUUCGUCUUCUUUUUAAAAAUUCUAAUCAUGGAUGCUGCUUCUGAUCCCUAUUUGCCUUAUGACGGGGGAGGAGACUGUAUUCCCUUGAGAGAAUUACAUAAAAGAGGGACUCACUAUACAAUGACAAAUGGAGGCAGCAUUAACAGUUCUACCCACUUACUGGAUCUUUUGGAUGAACCAAUUCCGGGUGUUGGUACAUAUGAUGAUUUCCAUACUAUUGAUUGGGUGCGAGAGAAAUGUAAAGACCGAGAGAGGCAUAGACGGAUCAACAGCAAAAAGAAAGAAUCAGCAUGGGAAAUGACAAAAAGUUUAUAUGACGCAUGGUCAGGAUGGCUAGUAGUAACACUAACAGGAUUGGCAUCAGGGGCAUUGGCUGGAUUAAUAGACAUUGCUGCUGAUUGGAUGACUGACCUAAAGGAGGGCAUUUGCCUCAGUGCAUUGUGGUACAACCAUGAACAGUGUUGUUGGGGAUCUAAUGAAACAACAUUUGAAGAGAGGGAUAAAUGUCCACAGUGGAAAACAUGGGCAGAAUUAAUCAUAGGUCAAGCAGAAGGUCCUGGCUCGUACAUCAUGAAUUACAUAAUGUACAUCUUCUGGGCCUUGGGUUUUGCCUUUCUUGCUGUUUCCCUGGUAAAAGUAUUUGCUCCAUAUGCCUGUGGCUCUGGAAUUCCAGAGAUUAAAACUAUUUUAAGUGGAUUCAUCAUCAGAGGUUACUUGGGAAAAUGGACUUUAAUGAUUAAAACCAUCACAUUAGUACUGGCUGUAGCAUCAGGUUUGAGUUUAGGAAAAGAAGGUCCUCUGGUACAUGUUGCCUGUUGCUGUGGAAAUAUUUUUUCCUACCUCUUUCCAAAGUAUAGCACAAAUGAAGCUAAAAAAAGGGAGGUGCUAUCAGCUGCCUCAGCUGCAGGGGUUUCUGUAGCUUUUGGUGCACCAAUUGGAGGAGUUCUUUUUAGCCUGGAAGAGGUUAGCUAUUAUUUUCCUCUUAAAACUUUAUGGAGAUCAUUUUUUGCUGCUUUAGUGGCUGCAUUUGUUUUGAGAUCCAUCAAUCCAUUUGGUAACAGCCGUCUGGUUCUUUUUUAUGUGGAGUAUCACACACCAUGGUACCUUUUUGAACUAUUUCCUUUUAUUCUCCUCGGGGUAUUCGGAGGGCUUUGGGGAGCCUUUUUCAUUAGAGCGAAUAUUGCCUGGUGUCGUCGACGCAAAUCCACCAGAUUCGGAAAGUAUCCUGUUCUUGAAGUCAUUGUUGUUGCUGCCAUUACUGCGGUGAUCGCCUUCCCUAAUCCAUAUACCAGGCUCAACACCAGUGAGCUGAUCAAAGAGCUUUUUACAGACUGUGGUCCUCUGGAAUCCUCUUCUCUCUGUGACUACAGAAAUGACAUGAAUGCUAGCAAAAUUGUUGACGAUAUUCCUGAUCGUCCAGCAGGCCUUGGAGUAUAUUCAGCUAUAUGGCAGUUAUGCUUAGCACUCAUAUUUAAAAUUAUCAUGACAGUAUUCACUUUUGGUAUCAAGGUUCCAUCAGGCUUGUUCAUUCCCAGCAUGGCCAUUGGAGCGAUUGCUGGAAGGAUUGUGGGGAUUGCAGUGGAACAACUCGCCUAUUAUCACCAUGACUGGUUUAUCUUUAAGGAGUGGUGUGAAGUUGGAGCUGAUUGCAUUACACCUGGCCUUUAUGCCAUGGUUGGUGCUGCUGCAUGCUUAGGUGGUGUGACAAGGAUGACUGUCUCCCUGGUGGUUAUUGUGUUUGAGCUUACUGGGGGCUUGGAAUACAUUGUUCCCCUUAUGGCUGCAGUUAUGACCAGUAAAUGGGUUGGUGAUGCCUUUGGUAGGGAAGGCAUUUAUGAAGCACACAUCCGGUUAAAUGGAUACCCUUUCUUGGAUGCAAAAGAAGAAUUCACUCAUACCACUCUGGCUGCUGAUGUCAUGAGACCUCGAAGGAACGAUCCUCCCUUAGCUGUCCUAACACAGGACAAUAUGACAGUGGAUGAUAUAGAAAACAUGAUUAAUGAAACCAGCUACAAUGGCUUUCCUGUCAUAAUGUCAAAGGAAUCUCAAAGAUUAGUGGGAUUUGCCCUCAGAAGAGACCUGACGAUUGCAAUAGAAAGUGCCAGAAAAAAACAAGAAGGUAUUGUGGGCAGUUCUCGUGUGUGUUUUGCACAGCACACCCCGUCUCUUCCAGCAGAAAGUCCACGGCCACUGAAGCUUCGGAGCAUUCUUGACAUGAGCCCUUUUACAGUGACAGAUCACACACCGAUGGAGAUCGUGGUGGAUAUUUUCCGAAAGCUGGGUCUGAGGCAGUGCCUUGUAACUCACAAUGGGAUUGUCUUGGGGAUCAUCACAAAGAAGAACAUAUUAGAGCAUCUCGAGCAAGUAAAGCAGCACGUCGAACCCUUGGCGCCUCCUUGGCAUUAUAACAAAAAAAGAUAUCCUCCGUCAUAUGGCCCAGACGGCAAACCAAGACCCCGCUUCAAUAAUGUUCAACUGAAUCCUAUAGAUGAGAGAGAGGAAACAGAAGAGGAAGUUCAUUUGUUGAAUAGCACAACUCUUUAACUUGAGGGAGUCGUCUACUUUUUUUUCUCCUUAAAAAAUCUAAAAGCCGGGCUUUUUGCAACAUAGUUUGCAAAUACUGCUGGUGGAACGAAGGAGUUGUUUGGGGAGGGAAAGGAGCGAGAAGGAAAUGAGUGAGGUAUUUCCCCAUCUAACUGAGAGCAGCAAAUCAUCUCCUGUUCUGCACUGGAUGCAUUCAGCUGAGGAUGUGCCACAGUUGCGCAGGCUGGAGCGUCAGCAGAAGGGGUGCCACAGCCCCAGCCCCGGAGCACCCGGAGCACCCAGAGCACCUGGCCUGUUACUCCGACAUCGCAAAGACACAUUAGCAGUCCCUAUUUCUGGAGGGAUUACUUUGAAUUGAGCCAUCUAUAAGACUGCAAGGUCUUGCCCUUUUGUAUCAAAACUGUUCUGUUUAAUUCAUGAAUUAUUAUAGUUAAGCAUUGUCUUUCUACAUUCCAGAAGAGCUUUUCUUUCUCUCUCUCCCUCCCUCUCUUUUUCUUUCUCUCUUGAGCUGUAACAAAGCCUCUGUAAAUUGGUGUGCCCUUUUGAAACAGUCCUUUCUCAUAUUGAGAUGUACUGUGAUUUUACUGAUGUUUCAUCACAAGAAGGGAGUGUUUCUUGUGCCAUUAACCUUGUAGUUGGCACCGCCACUAAAUGCUUGGAGCAGUCACAUGCACCGCAACAGGUAAAAUCUCGAGUGAAGCGUGAACAAAAUCUCUCCGCUUGUGCGCAUUGUGGUUCAGAAUCAGCAACAAUGAAACUCGACUUGUAAGGAUAAACAGUUUUCUUUUUGUUUUUUUUCCUCUCAGACUUUAUGGAUAAUGUGACCUGGUCUUAUGCAAAUUUUCUAUUCUAAAACUAUAAUCUACACGUACUGUUCAGCGUAAGGAAACAAAAUGCUGCUGCUUUGACAGUAAAGAGAAGGAAGUAUUCUGUUUAGCUGUAUCUGGUAUUAAUUGCAUGUUUAAACACUGGAAUUUUUUUUCUUGAAAUUAGAUCAUUUUUUGUUUCUUUCCUCAAGAUAUUUUAUUGCUGACACUGAAGAAGAAAUGUAAUUCAUAACUUGCACUAAAUGUAUAUUUCUUUUCUUAAAAAUUUACCAUUCUUAUUUAUAUUUUUAUGGAUUAAAAUUUAUAAAAUACAGAUCAGUUAAUAUCGCGCUUAAAUAA